UUGAUUUCUUCUAUACCAACUUCAUUAGUUUUGAUCAUUAAUUUAGUGAAGAAAUGGGUUGUGUAAAACUUGAAUUUUUUAUGCUAUAUCCCUUUCUCUGUCAACUUGUUUUCUCUUCAUCCUUACCUCAUUUGUGCCCCAAAGAUCAAGCUCUUGCCCUUCUACAAUUCAAGCACAUGUUUACAAUUAAUCCUUAUGCUUCAUAUUAUUGUAGUGACAUAACAUCAUCAUAUCCAAGAACUCUUUUAUGGAACAAGAGCACAGAUUGUUGUUCAUGGAAUGGAGUUCAUUGUGAUGAGACGACGGGACAAGUGAUUGAGCUUGAUCUCCAUUGCAGCCAACUUCGAGGCAAAUUUCAUUCCAAUAGUAGCCUCUUUCAACUCUCAAAUCUCAAGAGGCUUAAUUUGUCGCAUAAUGAUUUCUCUAGAUCACUCAUUUCACCUAAAUUUGGUGAGUUCUCUAGCUUGACGCAUCUUGAUUUGUCAAGUUCAAGUUUUACGGGUGUAAUCCCAGUAGAAAUCUCUCAUCUUUCUAAAUUACACGUUCUUCAUAUCGGGACUGAAUACCCAUAUGAGCUUAGUUUUGGGCCUCACAAUUUUGGACUGCUCCUUAAGAACUUGACCCAAUUAAGAGAUCUUGACCUUUCCAGUGUGAACGUCUCUUCCACCAUUCUUUCAAAUUUCUCUUCUCAUUUAACAUCUCUAAAACUUUCAUUCACACAGUUACGUGGGGUAUUGCCCGAAAGAGUUUUCCACCUCUCCGACUUAGAAUCCCUUGAAUUAUCAUACAAUCCCCAGCUCACUGUUGGGUUUCCUACAACCAAAUGGAAUAGCAGUGCAUCACUCAUGAAGUUACAACUCCGUGAUGUGAAUUUUACUGGUAGGAUACCUGAAUCAUUCAGCCAUCUAACUUCACUUCAUGAGUUGGACAUGAGUUAUUCUAAUCUCUCAGGGCCCAUUCUUAAACCUCUAUGGAAUCUCACCAACAUAGAGUUUUUGUACCUUGAAGAUAAUCAUCUUGAAGGACCAAUUUCCCAGUUCUCGAGAUCUGGAAAGCUCAGGAAGUUAAUACUUAGAAAUAACAGCUUCGAUGGCCAACUUGAGUUCUUAUCCUUCAACAGAAGCUGGACACAACUUGAAGCGCUAGAAAUUUCGUCCAAUUACCUAACUGGUGCAAUUCCAUCCAACGUAAGUGGACUGCAAAACCUACAAACACUCUACUUGUCAUCAAACUGCUUGAAUGGGACUAUACCUUCCUGGAUAUUCUCCCUUUCUUCUCUGAGUGAGUUAGACUUGAGAAAUAACACUUUCAGUGGAAAAAUUCAGGAGUUCAAGUCCAAAAUUUUGUUUGAGGUUUUUCUAAACCAAAAUCAGCUGCAAGGUCCUAUACCAAAUUCACUCCUAAACCAGCCAAGCUUACAAUGGCUUAUCCUUUCGCAAAACAAUUUCAGUGGACAGAUUGCUUCAGCUAUCUGCAAUCUGAAAACACUGCAAGUACUAGAUUUAAGAACCAAUAAUUUGGAGGGAACAAUCCCACAAUGUUUGGGUGAGAUGAGUGAAAACCUUUGGAUUUUGGAUUUGAGCAACAACAGCCUUAGUGGGACAAUUAAUACAAAUUUUAGGAUUGGAAACAAUCUCCAGGUCAUUAGCUUGCAUGGGAAUAAGCUAAUGGGGAAAGUCCCACGAUCGCUGAUCAAUUGCAAGUACUUGGCUCUUCUUGAUCUAGGUAACAAUCAGUUGAAUGACACAUUUCAAAACUGGUUGGGAGACCUACCUUUUUUGCAAAUUUUAAGCUUGAGAUCAAAUAAGUUGUAUGGUCCCAUAAAAUCUUUAGGGAAUAGAAACUUCUUUGCACAGCUUCAAAUUAUAGAUCUAUCAUCCAAUGGAUUUAGUGGGAAUUUACCAGAAAGUUUCUUUGGGAAUUUGCAAGCCAUGAAGAUAAUUGAUAAGAAAACAAGAGCCCCACAGUAUGUUUUUCCUGAUACUUAUUAUCAAUAUGUGAUGACAACUACAACAAAGGGGCAUGAUUAUGAUUCUGUUAGAAUUUUGGCUUCUAACAUGAUUAUCGAUUUCUCAAGGAACAGAUUUGAAGGUCAUAUUCCAAACAUUAUUGGAGAUCUUGUUGGACUUCGUACGUUGAACUUAUCUCAUAAUGUCUUGGAAGGUCGAAUACCAGCAUCACUGCAGCAUUUAUCUGUACUUGAAUCAUUGGAUCUCUCUUCCAACAAAAUAGGCGGUGAAAUUCCACCACAACUUGCAUCUCUCACAUUUCUUGAAGUCUUUAAUCUCUCUCACAAUCAUCUUGUUGGAUGCAUCCCCAAAGGAAAACAAUUUGAUACGUUUGAGAAUAGUUCAUACCAAGGAAAUGAUGGGUUACGUGGAUUGCCACUCUCAAAACAUUGUGGCAGUGAUGAUAGGGUAGCUGAGGUACAUCAAGAAGAAGAAGAAGAUUCACCAAUGAUCAGUUGGCAGGCGGUUCUCAUGGGUUAUGGUUGUGGACUUGUUAUUGGAUUGUCCGUAAUAUACAUAAUGUUGUCAACUCAAUAUCCAGCAUGGUUUUCGAGGAUGGUUGUACAAUUGGAGCACAGAAUUACUAUGAGAAUGAAAAAGCACAAGAAAAGAUAUUAGGAUUCAAAUCUACUGAGUUUUUGGAAUGCUUUAAAAGCCUUUAUAUUUCAUACUUUGUGGAAUUUGCUUAAAGUGUUUGUUAUCCUAUGAAUAAAGACAUGACUUUUCAUCCAUUGAGACUCAACCAGAUUUUGUUUUCAUUUGUCUAUGGCAUGUAAAAACAAAUUCGAGUGAUAAACAGAAGUUGGACACAAACUUGAAUCUUUAGAUCAUUCAAUCAGGCGAUAUGUGCCUCACUAAAAACAUUUGCACUUAACUGUUUCACCUUAACACAAACAUAGAACAUAAAGUUCAGGACACCAUGGACAAAAGUUGCAGUCUUUUUUCAUUGAAGCAGCAGCAAAAUGCCCAACCAAACCAUCACGAGAAAGGGACUAUGAUCUCAUAAAUAGGAAUCUUCCGAUCCACAACUCAGAAUAUCAUAGUAUCCAA